GCCUUGUACCAUGUGACCUCUGUGAUCAUUCACAGAUUUCACACAUAGUAAGCAAUGAUGUCUUGCUUACUACUCUGCAUGUGAUCACUGAUUGGCCAAUCAGUGAUCACAUGAUCGGGACCUCGUACAGAGGUCCUGUCCGAUGAUCGGUGUUGCACCGGAUCAUGGAAGCGCGCACAAGCAGGGGGCAGGGAGGCCAUUUAUAAACAGCCACCCGACCCUGCACUGCCACCGUCCGGCCGUUUAUAUAGAACGGUCGGGAAGUGGUUAA